CAAAGAAAUGACGACGAUUUCUGCAAACUAGGGUUUGAUGAGCUUUCAAGGCUGGGAUCCGGGUUUACGCAGGGAGUUAUGGAUUCGCAGGGGUAUCAAUUACAGGAUCGGGAAGGUUCAGAAACAACAAAGAAUUUUGGGCAAUAAGAUCCGGCGAGAUCAACAAGGAUUAUAUCGAAGAGGGAUACUAAGGAAAUCAAAGGCGAGAUUGGGGUUCUCAAGAAAUCAAGGUAUGAAUUUUGUUCUCAUUAAAACAGAAUCAUGCUCACACAAUCGGCAGAUCCGAAAGGAAAGCGUCGAUGCAGAUGUUGUGGAUAUCCUCUUGGAGGGAAAUGAAGAGUUCAUUGCAGGUGAUGAGGAAUUUCAAAAUCUAACUGAUGGUGAGAUGGAGGAAUUGGAUACUUUACAAGUGGACAAUGAUGGGGUUAUGGAACCGGGUGCUCAGAACAUAGCAGGCGGGGAAGAGGAGAAGAAGAAAGGAACUCGCAAAGCUUUGUUUAAGCCAACCUCGCUGGCGGUAGGAACUUCGAAGAAACUGUUUGUCCAGGCAGUGUUAUCACCAAGGAAAAAGGUUCAGGGUAAGGUAGGAAAGAAGCAGGGAAAAGUCACAAGAAAGAAAGAGGAUAAGGGCCCUUCAAACCCGAUCUUCUUCAUGAUUUUAUAUCCAGUGGAGAGCAGUGAAGUGAUGUCCUGUGUGUUGUUGGUGUUUUGCAAUUUUUUUCCUUUAGUAAUAAGCUCUGUGAGCGUUUUCUUGUUGCUGGUUUUAAGGUUGUUUAGGCAUAGUGUUGGCCUUCUUUUGCUUGCUUGUUAUAAUCGUGAGUUACGGUUAAGGAAUAAAAUGGUUGUUUUGGGUUUAAUUGUAAUUGGUAUUAUGGUAUCUGGUCAAAGUGCGUUAUGUGGUAUGAUGGGUUUACAAUGGAAUCUGGUUCAAGUGUGUAAGCGAUGGGUACUAUGGACUAAAUUGGCAAGCAGCAAACAAGGUCAAAGGUAUGUAAUUUGCUUCAGUCAAAUGAAAUUUUAUAUUGGUCUUGGGGGAGAAAAGAAUAAUUUUGGUAAAUCAGAGAGAAAAAUAAGCGUAUUAUGGUGCUUGGAAGUUCUACUAAGCUUGUAUAAAAGGAAGAUGGAAUCUUUGGUUGCUGACGUUCGUUUGGUUACUAUGGAUACAAUGGAGAUUAAACAAUUAUACCAGAAUGUGGUAUUUAUUUUUUCUGCAGGGAACAAGGAAGCUGUGUGUGUUUGCUGGCGGUUUUUCAUAAGUUCAUUAGACAUGAGCAGUGUGCAAGGUUGGAAUUGGAUUAUCUUAAUAUGGUUACGGUUGUUGGGAUCAAGAAUAAGGGAUAAAGGGAGAUCAUUACCUCCACAAGUCUUGGCUCGAUGGAGCUUACUUUAUAAUAUUUUUUAUGAAAGUACUCAGUUGGAAUUGUCGUGGCAUGGGAAGUAAAUGGACUAUAAGUUACCUCCGGGAAAUUU